AUGGUUCCCGCUCCCUACCCCUUAUGGAAUGUCUUUCCGGCCCCACCUGAGGUUGAUAUUAAAGGUGAUCGUAAAAAGAUGGAUGAUUACGUUAAAGACUUUGUUCUAUCACACGGCUAUAAGAUCUCCAUACGACACUCUUCAACUGAUAAAUGCAACAUCUGCCACUAUCACUGUCAUCGAGGUGGUCUACCUCACAAACCAAAGCCCAAUACCUCCACCACUUCAUCCAUUACCACCGAUGAGAAACCCUCACGAGCGAGUAGAUCGAUCAAAAUUCAAUGUCCUUUUCAUCUCACCGCCAAGUACAAUCCAACGACCGAUGUUUGGCGCCUUACUCAUGUCCAAAUAGGCCACAACCAUGAAGCAAUGUCAGAUGAAACACCAGUCGUCAAUCAUAAUCCUUACCCGCCAGAAAUCAUCAGCCGAGCAUCGCGCAUCGUUGAGCUAUCACCAAGAAAACAGGGCCUGAUCUUGCAAGAGUUAGAUUCGCUGUUGGAUCAGUACACUACAUCUGCCAUGCGCACAAACAUUAUCAAAACCGAUGAUGAGGCACAUAUGAGCACUCAGAACAAAGAAACGAUUGAAAUCUGCGUUGUGAAUGAUACCGUUAUGGAGGACAAUAACAUUGUCAUCAAUCCGGGCAAAGUCUUACCAACUGAGGUGUCCAAGAGCUCUAACACUUCAGGGCAAAAAUCGAAUGACGAUAACGAGCUGUCAUCAGCCGAAGCACUUGAAGAUGGAAUCCCAGAUUCCGUUUCCGCUAAAGAUAGUCAACGAGGCGGUUCAAAGGCAAAGCGCGCUGCGCCUGCUGACAAGCUGUCGGAUGUCAAGAAAGCUGGCGUUGGAACCAUCAAAAAGUCAAAGACGAAAAGUCACUCGAAGAAAGUGCCACUUGCUACGGCCCCAUGCACGCGGUCGAGCAGGCGUAGCACUCGUCGAGUCCCUUGA